AUGAGUCGAGAACAGCUAAUUAGGCCUCAAUCUGAAGAAGAACAAGUGAAAUGUGGUGGUGAUGUUGCAUCAAAGGAAGCUGUCCUAGCUCAUCUGGCACAGGUUGGCCAGCAAGAUGGCCAAAUAGCUCUUCCACACGAACUGAGGAGCAGCAUCACCAUUGGUGAAGCACUUGAGGCCGCAGUUCUCACAGCAGGAAAUAAGCCUGUGGAUUAUAGUGAUGCAGCUGCAAUACAAGCAGCGGAAGUUAGAGCAACAGGCCGUACCAACAUUGUCCCUGGUGGCGUUGCUGCUGCAGCUCAAUCUGCAGCAACCCGUAAUGCUCGAGUUACAAGGGAUGAGGACAAAACAAAGCUGGCAGAUGUUUUAUCGGAGGCAUGCACGAAAUUGCCAGCAGACAAGCCGGUGACUCGCCGAGAUGCUGAGGGGGUGAUAGGUGCAGAGUUGAGGAAUGAUCCAAACCUGACCACUCGUCCAGGUGGUGUUGCAGCUUCUUUGGCUGCAGCUGCAAGGCUCAACCAAACGAUGAACCGGAACAGCCAGCCAAGCUAA